CAACGACUAGGUAUCGUCGUCGUCGUCGUCGUCGGGUCGGGGCGAGGCCCGGCCCAGGACCAUCUCUGAUGGAUCAUGGAAGAGAUGUUGCAUGCUAGUGAUGGAUUGAUCCGAUAAGCUGGCUAGCUCGGUUGGGCACUAACAAACAGUCAAUCCUGAGGCUCAGACUCGGACCCAAAUGAGAUUAGAUUAGAUGAGCUGAGCUGAGAAGAGAAGAGAGGACUCUUCUUCUUCUUCUUCUCCUUCUUUCUUAUUAUUAUUAUUAUUCGUGGAGUGCAGAUGAGAAAAGUCGACGCACGAGUCCUCUCCCCGAUUCUCUGCACAUCAUAUGAAUAUGAAUGAAUGGGUGGGUGGGUCCCCACUCAGUUCCAUAGCCAUCACCACUGAUAAGCAAUCUGCACCCACUACGAACCUUCUUUAUACAUUGCACGAAGCUCCCUCACCCUCACCCUCGCCACUCACACCUCUCUUCCUGAGCUAGCUCUCCCUCCUUUUAUACAUAAAUAGAUAGAUAGAUAGAUAGAUAUAAAUACGCAUAAGCUGGCUUGCUUGCUUACAUGGGCCAAUGCACCCCAACUGUCGUAUCAUAUCCUAAUUCUACUGACUAUAUCAUGGCUGGCACUGGCCCUGGCCCUGGCAAUCAUCCCAUUACAGACAUCUCUGCUUUCCAGGAAUCAUUCGAGAUUGCUGAUUUCUUGCACAUCUAUGACCAGUGGAUUGAGGACACCACCCUUCCACCCUCCUCUGCACCUCUGCCGCCUAUCAAUUACACUCCCCAGCAAGCCAUCUUUGCCGACACCACCUUCCAACAAGGACUAGGAGAGAGUGCAAGGGAGAACAUAGCAAGGGCGGAUAAGGUUGCCUUCAAAACCAAGUCAGAGAUCGAGAUACUUGACGACGGUUUCAAGUGGAGGAAGUAUGGCAAGAAGAUGGUUAAGAACAGCCCCAAUCCAAGGAACUAUUACAAAUGCUCGGUGGAAGGGUGCCCCGUGAAGAAGAGAGUUGAGCGGGACACAGACGAUCCGCAGUAUGUGGUAACAACAUAUGAGGGAAUCCACAACCAUCAGGUGCCUUUAAUCUAAGAUCAAUCAAUUCAGUAAUUGUAAUAAGACGAGCAUCCUUAUUCUGUAACCAAUAUUUCCCCUAGAAGGAGGGCGGAAGGGUGAGAUUACCUUUUGAAAUUUGGUCCCAGACUCCUGAAUUUGAUGAAGGAGGAGGGGAACGAGUUCAAAGCUUUUGUGUUAGAAUUUAGGAUAUAGACAUUUAGGGUGCCCCACAGGACAUCUAAGAAUCCCUGUUCCUCCAUGUAUCCAAACUUUAAGUAGUUGAAUUAUAUGCUUCUGAAAAUAGAAGUUAGAACUAAA